UGUUGGCACAGUUAUUUCGGGGCUUAUGAGAAUUCGGGGGAAGCGUGCGCAAGUCACCCUUUGCCUAUAAUUGUAGACUGUGCGAUAGGGUAUGAAGCAUUUCAUGAUGACAAUGUAGGACCUCAAUACUGCAUAACAAGAUAUAUGGACCCCAUCAAACGACCCCAACCACGUGUCGUCUGUGGAGACAAUGCCAUGGGCUUCCACUAUCAUACCAUGAGCUGCGAUGGCUGUAAGCGCUUCUUUUGCCACUCGAUGCAAGGAAAAGUGGGGUCCACAUGCCAAUUCUACGGCCAGUGCUACGUUGUUGAAAAUAAGAAUCGGACGAGAGGAAAGAAAUGCCGACUUGACAGAUGCCUCGAAAUUGGCGUGACAAAAGAGCGCCAGAAUGGUGUUAACAGAUGUGCCAAUCUCAAUUCGCUGGAUCAGAUGCAACUUCUUCAAACCGCCAUCACGGACAUUCUAACUUUGCCAGCUGCCCACACACUGUCUCUCAUUCUACGGCGAAAGUGCGGUGGUAAGGUGAUGGGAAACGAGGACUGGUUGACGGUUCCAGCAGUAGAGAACACAGUGUAUCCUGAAAUCGGUACCUCGUCUGACAUAUGCUCUUUCUUUACCCACUCGUUGGCCUUCAAACUGCACAAGCUGCAGGUCGAUGACGUUGAGGUCGCCAUGUUGGCCGCCUUUCUCCUCAUUAAUCCCUGUAAGUCAUCUUCGCAAACAAUGCCUGAACGAAAUUUCAAUGAAGCCUAA